AUGAUGAAUAAAAUAAAAAUGGCAUCAGAAAAAAGGUAAGGGGAUUGGGGGGAGAUGCAGAGGUUGUUUAAUCUUCCUUGCAGGAUUUUUUCCCCCAACAGCUGGGUUUGUAUUCCUUGAAGAUAGCUUGUAAAUGAACCCAAAGCCAUCAGGCUUAUUCAGAUUAUUAAGAAAAAGAUUUUCCGUUGGUGGCCUGUAAUUAUAAAUUUUAUUUAGUUUUUAUUGUGUACAUAUAAUUGUCGCUUUGAUAUUUUAAUGAACUAUACAUGUACUUAUAUGCUAUCCAUGUAAUUUUACAAUAACCCAUUUUUUUUGUUUGAGCAAAACAAACCAUGAUCCCUGGUUUGGAGUAGAUACUAAGAUAGAGAUUACGAUGCAAUCCAUCAAUGGCUACAGACUCAAAGGGAUCACAGUGGGAACUACGUCAGCAUUUGCGAUAAACCUGUAACUAGUGUUCACCAUGAUAUGUGAACUGGGAAAUUGGAUUGGAUCCAAGGGUUGCAUGAGCAGACGGCUGCUCUUUUCAUGUCCCUCCUUUCCCUACCGCUUUACAUACUACACUUCUGGUUAGAAAUUAGUGAGAGCAUCCUGUAAACUGACACUUACUAUGAUCUUGCAUGUGGGCUUAUCACUGUUGAGCUUAUCACUGGUUUGUGUUAGUAGUGAACAUAUGCUUAGAAGUUGCAGUUAGUUGUGAUUUCACUUGUAUAUAAUAAACGCAAUGGAAAUUGAUGCACCUUUGCUGGCAUAAUAGACUUCUGUGUGUGCAAUGGAACUUCCUCUUUGGUCUGCUCAAGCUCCCUACACACCCUCAAAAUCAGCUCCAGAUGGUUCAGAUGUGCAGUGGGAUGAGAGGAAAUGAAAGCUACUAGCCAGCUGUUAGAAGGAGAGUGCUCUGGUACUCAGGUCCUACUUGUGUCUGAUUGGCCGUUAUGAGAACAGGGUGCUGAACCAAAUUUUGGCCUGAUCAAGCCAUAUGUAAGAAUGUAAGCGGGGCUUACAUUAUGCCAGUGGGACUAAGCACAUGGAGCAUUGGAUACAUGUGCUUAAAAUAAUCCGAACUGCUCUACAUAUAAGUUAUAUAAUACGUCAUCCAUUGAAGUGCCAGUUAUUUUGGAAUUGGUACUUUGUGGGGCCAUUCUUCACCCCAUAUAUUUUUUAAGGAAACUUGUUUGCAAAUAAAUUUAAACAUUUCUUAUGCUUAUUCCAGAAUCAUUUUAUUGAAUCCAAUAAAACUCUCAGAGUGUGUAAACUUAGAGGAAUUGUAGCCUUAUGACACAAAAUGGUUUCCAUGGUAACUUCCUACGAUGCAAUUGUGUCUGGGUUGGACUCUAGAAUAAGGUCACUAUGUAAGAAAUGGUUAAGCUGUAGGUUGCACUUAGUUUGUAGCUUGGUCAAAGGCAUUAUUAGAGGAAAUAAUGCAAACAUGAGGCGCGGCACUCGGAUCCAUAUCAGAGUCAGGAUGUUUAGACCACUUGGGAAGUGGGUAGGAUCUGACAACUCCUCUCAUCCUUGGCCUGUAGGAACUAAUCCCCGGUGAGUGGAAAAGCCUGUGGAAUGAUGAUAAUACUAAGGGAAACAUUCUUACUAUUUAUUUAAUGUUUAUUUAUACUUACUAUUUACUUAACAUCUAUUUUUGCUUCCAGCUGCUCAGUUUAUUUUCAUAUCAGCCUUGAGAGUAGUUGGGAUCUCCAUAACAAUUUAUUUUAAGACUAGUCCUAACAGCGUAUCUGUUUCCAGUUACUUAAGUUUUGCUGGUGCUCUAAGUAUCCUAAAAGUAAUUCUCUAGAAAGUUCCUAUUUCAUAUACUAUUAGUUGUUGGUCCCAAAACAAACUUCCAUAUAUCACAUGGAAGAGAUUAAUCUUUCUGAAAGAUGUAGUAAGAGAGAAUGCUACUUCCUUUAAACUUUUAAAAUAUUUUGUCUAUAAAUGUACAAAGCUGCACCCCGUUUUCAGAAUAGUUUGCCUGUUUAAACCACCUCAACUCCACUCUCAGAUUAAUAAUAAUAAUAAUAAUAAUAAUAAUAAUGUGUGUUUAUAUUUAGUUUGGAGGUUUUUUCCCCCCAAAACACAUCUACGUUUAUAUGGAUGUCAUUGGUGGGCAGCUUUAAUUGUGCAAGUAGCACAUACAAUUUUGUAAUCAGGGUUAUGCCAGUUGUGCGAAGUUGCCAGCUUUGACGUGAUGUAAUAGAGCUUGGAACCUUGAGAUAGCUUUUACCUGCUACACUGACCCUUGGUUAUUUGAAUGUGUGCCAGUGUAUCAGUUUCUGUGUGGCUGCAUGUUUUACUGCAGUAUCUAUGUAGGAGUACAGUGGUACCUCAUGUUGCGUAACCUCCAGGUUAUGCAGCAAACCCAGAAGUGGGUUUGCCACUCGUGUGUGCGCAGAAGUAGUCCUUCGGUUAUGAAAUUUUCGGGAUACGGCUGGGCCUCCAGAACGGAUCCCAUUCGUAACUGGAGGUACCACUGUUUGAGGCUGCCUCCUACUAGAAUAGUUUUGUGAAUUUUAGAUGAGGCUUGUUUAUACCCCAACCUCCACCAAGUUCCUGGGGCAUCUUACAAGUAUUUGAUUGAAAUACAGCCAUAUGUCAGCAGGGAUAGCCAGCACAGUACCCUCCAGAUGUUGGUGGGCUCUGACUCCCUCUAUCCCUGGCCAUUAGCAACUCUUGCUGGGUCUGGCGAGAGUUGGAGUCCAACAACAUCUGGAAGGCACCACAUUGAUGAUCUCUGUCUUAGAGCAACUUGAUGGUAAAUACAGAAUAAUUUUCUAACUGCAGUUGAACUGUUUUCAAGCUGCUGAGUGAAGAAUAGUAAUUUAUCAUAUCUCUGGUAAACCAGCAGUGGCAGUAUUUAUUAAACUAGUGCCAUAUACUUUUAGUUUUAUUGCAGCUCACCAUAUUUCAUUGUAACGUGUAUAACAAAUUGUCACUUGCUGUAUAAGCUAGCUGCAUGGUAAGCUGACAAGCAGAAUGGCUUAUGGUGCCAGUUAAAUGCAGCGGGAGCAUUUUGUCACUCUAGAAAGGCGAUGGCAAAGGAAAGUUACAUAAUGAUAUCACUCCAAAAAUAACGUGUGUACUUUUACCAGUGGAGUCACAUUUUGGACGUCAUUAAUGGCUUAAAGAUUGUGUUACACUGUAGAUGCUUAGAGGUAAGUUGAGGUGUAUGUGUAAAAGUGUGUAAGAGAUCCAUGACCGUUCUGAGCCCUGAUGAUGACUCAGUGGACUUGUUAGGAGUAUUGCCAUUUGAGCGUUCCAGUAAAUAAAAUAAUCUGUUUUCAGAUAAUAGGCCUAGAAUUUAUGAAAACCUCAUACUAACUCAAUUGCUUAAAAAUACCAUCCUGGGUUGAAACUGAUCUGUGAACAUUUCGAUGAUUAUCUCAAUCUAGGCAAAAUCAACACUUCUUUCAAACCAACCAACCUAAAGUGCUAUUUGUAACUAGUCCAGUGCAGCCCUGUCUUCAUGGAUGAUUUUGUGUAUCUUCUUGCUUUAAAGCAGGGAUGGGAAGCCUGUGGUCCUCUAUAUUCACUCAUUCCCAAGAAGUGAAUAUUGGCUAGGGCUGGUGAGAGUUGGGAGUCAGCAACAACUGGAGGGGGCACCAUGUGAGCCAUCCCUGCCUUAAAGGCUACUGGUAAAGACACAGAGACAUACGCCUAGCCUGACAAGGCAAAAUGAAUUUUGUCCUGAACUGGGGUGAGAGGAAGAGGUGAACACAGAGGUAUUCUCACCUCCUGGAUUUCAGAUCGGGUAAAGCAAGAUGUUAAGUGAUAUUGUUAGCAUCAGAUACUUGAGUCUGCCCCUGAUGUGAAAUCCAGUUGGCCUAUUUUAGUUUGAGAGUUUCAAAAGACAGCUGCCUCUGGAUCCAUGACUGAGAGUAGAAUUGCUUUAUAAAUAUUCUUAAUUUAAAUGUAUUAUAAAAUGAAAAACAUUGCUUAAUCACAUUCCUUCAGCUCAAUGUGGAAGCCAAUGUAAAUCACUGGGCUGCCUGAUAAAGCUAAAAUUUAUUUGAAUAAACUUCCACUUCUUUGCAGUUUAUAUGUCUUCUCUUGGGGUAUGUUAAGGCUACAUAAUGGAUUAAUUAAUGGACCUUUUGAUACUAAUCAGAACUGAAAUUCUGCCAGGAUGGGAAAUUCUUGUUGUCUCAACUAGAGAUGGUGUGAAAGUCUGUCUGAGGCUGGCUUGGAAUAGAAACCAAGGUGUUAAUAGGACCUGAAUCCAAACCGGAAACAAGUCUUCAAAUGUCUAUCCUUCCUCUCCAGAGCUUUCAGGAAUUCUUAGAAGAUGAAGUUUCAUGCCAUCACUAGCACUCACUCCCCUGCUUUUCGAAAGCAGCAGCAAUGUCAAAAGGCAAAAGGGAGGAUUUUUCUCUCCUGUUUUCCCAUCAGAAAUUCUGGGUGUAAUGGAUUCUAGGAUGGUAGCCCUGGCUAAGAGUGUGACGUCACAAUGGAUAACUGGAACUUUUUUUUAAAAAAAAUAAUAUUUAUUAAUUUUCAAACAUUUAAACACAACAAAACAGAAAGACAAAAAAAAGAAAAGAAAAAAGAGAAAAACAUAAAACUAACAAAGCAAAACACAAACCAUUUUCAAACACAGAACAAUUUCAAUGUCUUAUCUUUCAUUCCCUUAUUUCCACGACCUCCUCACACCUCCCUUUUUGUUUUCCACUUCUAUUAAUUAUUUCAGCAAUUCCUUUCCAUCUUCCUCUGUUUUCUAUCCUAUAAUUAUUUUAACAUAUUCUAGCCUUAUUUUCCUUUUAAUACACUAUUAAUCUAUUUAUACUUGAUUCCUUAUAGCAUUUCUACUAAAGCCAUAUAACUUCAUUCCAACAUUUUUCUAACAUUCAUUAUUUUUACAGUGUUUCUAUAAAUAGUCUUAAACUUUUUCCAGUCUUCUUCCACCAGCUCUUCUCCCUGGUCUCGGAUUUCUGCCAGUCGUUUCCGCCAAUUCCAUAUAGUCCAUCAACUUCAUCUGCCAUUCUUCCCGAAUGAAUAAAUCUUGUGUCUUCCAGUACUUCACAAUGAGUAUUCUUGCUGCUAUUGUUGCAUACAUGAAACAAAUUCUAUCCUUCUUUAACACCAAUUGGCCGACCAUGCCCAGGAGAAAGGCCUCUGGUUUCUUCAAAAGGGUAUAUUUAAAUACCUUUUUCAUUUCCUUAUGAAUCAUCUCCCAGAGUGUCUUAAUCCUUGGGCAUGUCCACCAAAGGUGAACUCUAAUCCUCAAAUCCGUCUGUUUUUCUUUAAGUUCAGUCAUAGCGUCAACUUAUGUUCAUCAAAUUGCCUCUGUAGGGCUGGGGCUCUCUUUCUCUUUCUCUCCAGUUGUGUCACUCUACCCUCAGCAGCAACAGCUCCCUCCCUGACCUCCUCCACAGCCUGCCACAUCAAAAUAGGUUCCUGCAUCAAUCCCUGGGUGGUUUCUGCAUUAGUAUUAUUUAUACUCUCUAUAUUUAAGUUAAUUUUAGUAAUUGAAACAUCUGCUUUCGCAUUUAUCGUGUCCAUUUUCCUGUGAAGCUGAUCCAAUGAGUCAUUUAUCUUAUAUAAUGCAGCCACCAAAGCCCCCUCUGUCGACAUUUCUUGGUUUUAAAUAUACUAGUACAAAGACAACAACAGAAAGAACAGAAGGGCCCAACGAUAGACCUCUCCUGGAUUGUUACCAAGUCCUCACUGUCCUUAAUAUUUUGUCAACAGUUGACUGGUCUGUUUUUCCUCUUCCAUUUACCAUAACACUUAAAAGAUUCAAGGUCAGUCCCAGAGUCUCACGGUUUUUAACUUGCAGCUGGAAAUUCCCCUAGUCCAGCUCUUGUAAAGCAACUGGUUUCAAAGGCUUCCACUAGGGAGAAACAGUUUCUAUUUGUAAUAGUCAAUAGUACCCUCUUUUAAACAAUCCAAAAUUAGUUUCAAAUUGGUUUCAAUUUUCAGUUACUUUUACUCCUUUUUAAAGCAGCCGGAGACAGUAGAAACAAUAUAUUUCUCUUAUUUAACUAGCUGUCAAUGAACGUUCUAAACGCUGUCAAUGAACAUUCCAAAAGACGUCAGUCCUACUAGCAGCCCGUUUCCAGGGUCAGAGCGGCGGUGUUUUAAGUCUCUUCGCUCUCUCCCGCAGGCAUACUCAAUCCGCAACCCCCCCUCUCUUCUCCUGCCUCCAAUAAGGGUUUUAAUGUUCUUUACCGUUGGAAAUUUGAUCUUUUACAAAAGACCUUCCAGGACUCCAGCUUGCAACAUCAUUGCCUCAGUCUAUUUACAAAAAGGGAAGGCGGACUUCCUGUUUUGAACCUCCCCUUUACGGUACCAAAUUAAACAUUUAGAAAUCCAAUUCUUCCACUUCAGCUCUACUCACGGGUAAUUACUUUAAAGUCAAAUUGUCCACAGGAAAAGGUCAGCGCUCUCUGGCAACAGCUAUGCGGCUUCGCUCCGUGGAAGAAGCAGACGAUUCGAUGCACCGCGCCGCUCACCCCACGUCGCUCCGGAGCCCCAAAAACCGGGGUUCCCCGUGAGUGGGGGAGGCGCAAAAGGUGCCCGCCGAAUCCCACGUUCACAGGCUUCUCCCGCCUGUGAUUUUAACGGGUCUCCGCCUUCGCCAUGGCGGCCAGACCCAGAUUUCCACGGAGCAGAUUCCUCCCGGUCAGAGGAAUUCCGCCAUUGCCGGAGGCGCCUCCCCCGGAAGUCCGGAUAACUGGAACCUUUAAAGCAUGGGUUACCCAACAUUUUUGGACCAAUAGAUGCAGCACAAAUUUUGAGAGGGUGUUGUGGGUGCCAGUCAAAAAUUGGCUGCCAAGUGGGUGUAGCAUAACACCAAAUGGCUGUGAUAGGGUGGCAUGGCAUAACAGAAAAUUAGAGAGUACAGUAAUUGCUACUCCCCUGUCCCAACAACAUCAUGGUUAUCAGUAGAAGUCGGCUUCAGUCCCUGAUUGUGAACGGGCUUAACUUGUUCAAUUUCUGCUUCUCAUACAGCCCUUAAAGGCACAAGGACCCUGUUUUUCCACAGUGUCAACCUUAAACGAAGACCAAGGCUACAUUCUUACCUGAGAGUAAUUAACUAAUUAUUAAUUUUUGGAUCAUCACCCUAAUGUUAAGUAUUCCUAAAAUGCCACUCUGAAAAAUGCCUGUCAUAUUAAAAGCAACAAUAUCAAAUAAUAAUAAUUUUAUUUGCUCCAGUCUAACAAACAAUUCUCGGAUUCUGAGUUUGCUGUCACAACUGGAAAAGAUCAACACAGAAUGUUUAGUGGAAGCAGACACUACCAGAUAUGUUACAUCAAAAAUUCUCCACCUGGCUCAGAGUCAAGGUAAAUAUUUGUACAUUGAAAUCAGCCUUUAAAUUUAUAUGCACUUUACUCUUGAAAAUAUUCUGUAUAUAAUAUACGUAUGUCAUCCCAUAUGUCAUGGUACAGAGCUAUGUUCUGAUUGUAAAUUGUAGUCAGUAUGCUUGCAUACAUAGAACGAAACACUUUUUUUCUUGAUUAGAAGAUGUAGUCACUUAGCUCAGGCUGGAUGUAGACACAUCAAAGAAGCGUUUCGGUUUAAAACAUUGUAAAUUUAAACUGGGAAAACGAGUAGAGAAAAAUGGGACUCCACAUCGCCAUCUGGUGGUACAAUGUUAUAUCACAUAUAUAGCACUUGCUUUUUCUUUACCAGUCUUGCUGAGUUUUCAGUAUUAAAAAAGUUCCCUUCUUAUAAUGAGGUUCAUUCCUAAUAUUAGUCUUCUUUUACUUUAAUUUCUGUUGAUGCAGAUAGGUAGGAAUUAUUACAUUGUUAAAAGAAAUAAUUUCAAGCAUCUAGUAUUUUUGCAAUGUAGAUUGUUAUUUAUUAAUUAAAGUAAUCACCAUUGGGGAUUAAAAACAUUUUUUACUAUUGAACUUUAUGCUUUUCAGCAGCUACUAUCUGGUUGCCCACAUUUGAAAUUAAUUUCCUGGUUUAUCAAGUGCUCACAUGUAUUUAACUUUCAGAAAAAAUCAGGAAGGAAAUGACUGCAAAAGGUUCAACUGGAAUAGAAGUUAUUCUAUCAACUUUAGAGGUACUAUUUUUGUUUUAAAAACUAAUUUAUGGUAAAAUAGUGUGUCGGUAUGACUUAAGUUUCUUGCACAGUUUCAAUUUCUAAAGUUUGCUUCUCAGUCAGAGUAGUCACUCUGUUCACUGGAUUUUCAUGUUUGGGAUAAAGUAAGAAGUUUGUUACUUUCCUUUAAAGCAGAUGUUAGAGAUUUUAGCUAUAGCAACUUCUUUUUAAAUGAAGGAUUCAAAACUUAACACAAAGUUAAUGGUGUCCCAAAGUAAUGGCAUUUAAAAGAAUUGAUAGUUUUGGUUAAUUGUCCAGUGCCACUGUUAAGAUGUGAUUUGAAAACCUAGCGUAGAGCAUUGAUGUCAGAGAUAGAGCUGUCAUUUUUUAUAUCUAAAACAGGCAUAGGCAAACUUCGGCCCUCUAGAUGUUUGGGACUACAGUUCCCAUCAUCCAUAGCUAACAGGACCAGUGGUAAAGGAUGAUGGGAAUUGUAGUCCCAAACAUCUGGAGGGCCAGAGUUUGCCUAUGCCUGAUCUAAAAUAUUACUGUAUUUAUAUUUAUGGUCCUGAUUCUGGAAUUUUAGUACUUUUUAAAGCUUUAAGUCAAGGCAAGGGAAUGUGUGGCCCUCCAGAUGUUGUUAGACUUUAGCUGCCAUAAUGCCUGACCAUUGACCACAGUGGUGGGACAGAUGGGAGUUGUGAAUCCCAACAACAUUGUGAGGGCACCAGGAUCCCCAUCCCAGUGCUUUAAGAAUACGUGUUUGCAUAUUUGUUGUUGUUUAGUCGUUAAGUCGUUAAGUCGUGUCCGACUCUUCGUGACCCCAUGGACCAGAGCACGCCAGGCACUCCUGUCUUCUGCUGCCUCCCGCAGUUUGGUCAAACUCGUGUUGGUAGCUGUGAGAACACUGUCCAACCACCUCGUCCUCUGUCGUCCCCUUCUCCUUGUGCCCUCAAUCUUUCCCAACAUCAGGGUCUUUUCCAGGGAGUCUUCUCUUCUCGUGAGGUGGCCAAAGUUUUGGAGCCUCAGCUUCACGAUCUGUCCUUCUAGUGAGCACUCAGGGCUGAUUUCCUUAAGAAUGGAUAGGUUUGAUCUUCUUGCAGUCCAUGGGACUCUCAAGAGUCUCCUCCAGCACCAUAAUGCAAAAGCAUCAAUUCUUCAGUGAUCAGCCUUCUUUAUGGUCCAGCUCUCACUUCCAUACAUCACUACUGAGAAAAUCAUAGCUUUAACUAUACGUACCUUUCUCAGCAAGGUGAUGUCUCUGCUUUUUAAGAUGCUGUCUAGGUUUGUCAUCGCUUUUCUCCCAAGAAGCAGGCGUCUUUUAAUUUUGUGGCUGCUGUCACCAUCUGCAGUGAUCAUGGAGCCCAAGAAAGUAAAAUCUCUCACUGCCUCCAUUUGUUCACCUUCUAUUUGGAAGGAGGUGAUGGGACCAGUGGCCAUGAUCUUAGUUUUUUUGACGUUGAGCUUCAGACCAUAUUUUGCGCUCUCUUUCACCCUCAUUAAGAGGUUCUUUAAUUCCUCCUCAAAUUUCUGCCAUCAGAAAGUGUUUGUAGAUAUGUAUUAUGACAGGUAUAAUAUGAUAAGUAUGAAAUAUUCUGUUCAUUUCAGAAUACCCGAGAUCUUCAGACUACACUAAAUAUCUUGAACAUCCUAAAUGAACUGGUGGCAGCAGGUGUGUUUUUAUAUUAAAUUGCAAAUUUGUAACAUCUGUCUAGGAUUGUAGUGUCUUUUAUCUAAUAAAUGUGAAUUGUUAUAGUCUUAGAUAGUUUAGAAACACUUACAUAACUAAGGUUUUCUGCCAUAAAGAGAAUAAAUACUUCAUCUGGCCUUUUAUAUAUGACCGGCCUUAUACAUGUAACCUUAUACUUGUGACUAUAUUAUUAAAAAGUAAGAGUUGUUAGAAGGGAUGCAGGUGGUGCUGUGGGUUAAACCACAGAGCCUAGGACUUGCUGAUCAGAAGGUCGGCAGUUCGAAUCCCCGCAACAGGGUGAGCUCCCGUUGCUCGGUCCCAGCUCCUGCCAACCUAGCCGUUCGAAGCACGUCAAAGUGCAAAUAGAUAAAUAGGUACUGCUCUGGUGGGAAGGUAAACGGCGUUUCCGUGUGCUGCUCUGGUUCUCCAGAAGCAGCUUAGUCAUGCUGGCCACAUGACCCGGAAGCUGUACGCCAGCUCCCUUGGCCAAUAAAGCGAGAUGAGUGGCACAACCCCAGAGUCGGUCACGACUGGACCUAAUGGUCAGGGGUCCCUUUACCUUUAAGAGUUGGUAGUAAAAUCUGAAUACCUUAGCAUUGCUGCUAAUGGCUCAUGUUCUAUUUCUAGGCAGUAGCAGAAGAACAAGUGUUCUUGUUUCUAGAGGAGGGACACAGAUUUUACUGCAAUUGCUUGUGAAUGUCAGCAAAGAAUCCCCUCCAAAUGAAGAAUUAAUGGUGCUCCUUCAUUCUCUUCUUGCAAAAAUUGGCCCAAAAGGUAAGUCAAACCUAACUAAAAUCCUCUUGCAUAUGUUGUCUUUGUGGAGCUGCCGUCGUGUGGCUUUCCCAGGCUCAGAACCCCUGCAAAAAAAGAACUCAGUCUGCUACUGGCACUGUUCAUUAAAAGCCGUGACUGCUUCUUCUGCAAGUCUGUUCUAUUAAGGAUUAGCAGAUAAUGACAUUCCCACAAGCCCCUUGUUUUUCACUUUGAUUGUGUUCAGGAUUGGACACACAAUGCAAACUGGGCCUAGUUCUCUCCCCACAAAACUGCACCCUACUAUUGGAAGAACAAUGGUAGAUCUGAGUGGGGAGGCACCAACAUCUCACUCUCCUUCCAGUGGCUAUUGCAGGUGUGAUACCGUUUAUAUGCAGCGAGAUUGUGUAGUGGAAGUGGGGAAAUGGAUAGAGGUGGGAAAAUAAACUGAAGGUACUCUAAUUUAACCACAUGGCUAUGAAGGAGGCUUUCAAAUUCAUAUGGGGAACAGUUUCGGCAAGCUAUAGCUAAACUGGGGGCCACUUGAGGCACCUGAAUUAGUAAAUUGGUUCUUGCAUCAUUUGCACAGAUUGGCUGUAGGUUGUGCAGGUCUCUUUUCCCAAAAAGUCCAUGGCCAGGAAUUGAAUCUUGGGCCUCUGCUUAGCUUGGGCUGUUCUACUGAGCAAUAGCCCUAUGUAGGGCCUUCUUGGUACCAAACUAUGUUACUGAGAUCAACCCAUGCACGGGGCUGGAAGGGAAACAAAUCAAGUGAAUAUUGUUCAGAUACUAACAUGAACUUCUCUUCCACCUUCUGUGGGUAAUUCAUUGUCCUGUGCCGUGUGAUUUGUGGGUUUUGUCACUGCAGUCUCCUUGUUUUGGUUACCAGUUUGUUUCUCGGUUCAGUUCAGUCGUUCACAUCAAUGUUUAAAGCCCUGUAUAACUUAGAAACCCAAAUAUCUGAAAGAUGAGCCCCUGAUGGGGCUCCUGUAAUAGUUCCACCACCCCAAAAAUUGCAGGGAAUGGUUGCCGAGGAGAGAUCUAUCUCUGUAGUAGACCCUAAAUUGUGGACCCUCCCUCUCCACUGAGGUGUGUCUACCACCAUCAUUAUUCAGCUUCUGCUAUGUGCUGAAGAUGCAUGUCUUUACUAAGGUCAUUGUAACCUACCCUGGAUCUUAUGUGGUAAGGCAGGAAAUUUUAUAAAUAAGAAAAUAAGUACUGCCGUUUUUUAAUCUAAAAAGCUGUGGCCAGCUAACCCCCCACCCCAAAUUAUAGUUUGCAUGGGUUCUAAUAUUGCUGCUGUUCCUUUUGAAUUUCCAGAUAAAAAAUUUGGAGUAAAAGCCAGAGUUAAUGGUGCUUUAAAUAUAACUCUUAACCUAGUGAAACAGAACUUGCAGAAUCAAAGGUUAAUAUUACCUUGUCUCCAAGUUUUACGAGUCUACUCAACUAAUUGUAAGUACUGUGACAUUCUUCUCUCAGUGUAUCUCAGUUUUCAAAGAUGUUUAAUAUGAAAGAUCAAAGGACCUUCAUCUCCCAUUUACAUUAGUGCUGAAAGCUUUUCUCUUUUCUUAUAAAAAUCUGUAUGUUGGCUUUCUAACUCCUGAGCAUGGAAUGUUGCUGAGUAGGUAUGUAGAUCUAGCAGUUUUAGUGGGUAGAGGGAAAAAGAUUUUGCCAGCCGUAAAGUUCAGCAUUAGAGUUUAUACAUAUAAGUAGCAUUUAGAUAUCCUGGAACUUCACUAGACAUGCACAUACAGAAUUUCAAGUUGAGUGCUUAGUUUUGGGAUUUUUAUGCUAAGUUACUGAAAUAUAAAUAGGUAAUAUGGUGUUUUGGUUGUAUUUGCAUUGGUUAUAUUUGCCUUGCUUCAAGUGUAAGCAUUUAUAUCUAUAACUUUGCACUUUGGUGUAACUUUUUUUUAAUAAAAUUUCAGCUGUAAAUGCUGUAUCCUUGGGCAGGAAUGGACUCGUGGAAUUGAUAUUUAAGAUAAUUGGUCCUUUUAGCAAAAAGAACACCAGUCUUAUGAAGUGAGUAGAAAAUCUGAAUAUAUAUAUUUAAUAUUGUGGACCGUAUUUAUUUUAAUACUGCAUUGCUGUUUUGUGCUGCUGUUUUGUUAACUUUGACAUUUGUUCGUUUACAACUUGAAUGUAAAUUGCACCUGAUUUAAUUGUGAUACUUUUUGUAACCCACCCUGGGGUCAUUUGGUGAAGAGUGGAUUGCAAGUACAAACAGUAGAUAAAUAAAACCAAGCAGUUGUUGUGGUGGGGAGGAGAAUGUGAUUUGUAUGGGUCAAUUGAAGUAAUUAUGCUAAACGAGUCUUGGAAAACAAUUGAAUCGAUUCAUCUGUUUUCAAGUAUUUGUCCUUGAGACUUAAUAUACUGAAGUAGCCUAUCUACUGCUUUCAUAGGCCACAAUCCAGAGAACCAUGUGACUUGUUCUGUGAGCCUUACAGGGGUUUGGGUUUUCUCCCCCCACAAGCUCCUUCUAGCAGAACCAGCACCUGAUACAUUCACAGAACUAAGGAAGAAUGAAUUGAUGAUAACAUAAAUGCACCAGACAAUCUAUUUUUAACAUCUGAAUUCUUAAUUACGUACCCAAAAGACAUGCAGCCUGAUCAUUUGCACAUGUAUUUGGAAUUAAGGCCCACUGAGUUCCAUGAGAUGACCUAAGUUCUUUCAAAACGGGUAGAGAACUUUUAGCCCACGCGUGGGAUAUGACUUGGGCCCUCCCCAUCCUGUCUGUGGCCUCCUCUCCUCUGCCCUGUCAUCCCAUGGACUCAUAGCUGUCCAUGGAGGCGCAGGUCAAUUCUGUAUCCAGGGCAGCUGUCUACCAACUCCACCUGGUACGCAGGCUGAGACCCUACCUGCCCGCGGACUGUCUCGCCAGAGUGGUGCAUGCUCUAGUUAUCUCCUGCUUGGACUACUGCAAUGCGCUCUACGUGGGGCUACCUUUGAAGGUGACCCGGAAACUACAACUAAUCCAGAAUGCGGCAGCUAGACUGGUGACUGGGGGGCGGCCGCCGAGACCACAUAACACCGGUCUUGAAAGACUUACAUUGGCUCCCAGUACGUUUCCGAGCACAAUUCAAAGUGCUGGUGUUGACCUUUAAAGCCCCAAACGGCCUCAGCCCAGUAUACCUGAAGGAGCGUCUCCACCCCCAUCGUUCUGCCCGGACGCUGAGGUCCAGCGCCGAGGGCCUUCUGGCGGUUCCCUCAUUGCGAGAAGCAAAGCUACAGGGAACCAGGCAGAGGGCCUUCUCGGUAGUGGCGCCUGCCCUGUGGAACGCCCUCCCAUCAGAUGUCAAAGAGAUAAACAACUACCUGACAUUCAGAAGACAUCUUAAAGCAGCCCUGUUCAGGGAAGUUUUUAAUCUGUGAUAUUUUAGUGUAUUUUUGAUUUAUAUGGAAGCCGCCCAGAGUGGCUGGGGAAGGAGGGGAGGCGUGGCAGCUGGGAAAACAUGGUGAGUAUAAAUGGGCUCUGUGCCCGGUUCUUGUGCAUAUUAGCCAUUCAACUCACACUACCCCCAAGAUACUUGCUGUUGCAGGUAGACGAAACUUAUGGAAUAUAAAACAAAUUAAAACUCAUUUUCAACACUUUAUCAUGUUUAGGGUUGCAGUCACAUGCAGAGUUAGGAUGCUUAUCCAUGAUCAGGAAUGUUACCUAAAUUUAAUAGUUUGUCUGUUUUUUGUUUAUAUCUAUAUUCACAGAGUUGCUUUAGACACCCUUGCUGCAUUGCUAAAAUCAAGUAAGUGUGUGCCUUAAUAUUUCAGAAGAUACGGAAUGUGGGCAGAUUAAAAUAAGUUUUGCUGGCAAUCACCCUGUGUUUACACAGGUAAAACUGAAAAUAAACAUUUUAAGGAUUGCAGCUUAGUAGCCAGUAUUGUGUAUUGAAAGACUCAGCAAUUCCGUGAUUAUUAUAUCAGUGAGCUGUUCUGAUGAGAGAAUAGAACAAAAUAUUUAGAAAAUGCAUACAUCUGUUAGGCACACUUUGGAUUAAUCUCUGUUUUGCAGUACUCAUCAUGCUAUUUGGAAUUGCUUCCAAUAUCUAUUUUUAUUGAUUGAGGGUUAUUAAAAAUUACAGUUUGUUUCCUAAACUUUCUCCAGUUUGUUCAGAAAUGUAUACAUUCACCCUGGCCUUCCAUUUUAAUUUUCCAACACUGAGAGUUAAGUUGGGAUGAAAGAAUGUUAAAUGGACCCAGCGAGUUUAAUAACCUAAAUGGGAAUUUGAUUCAAGUGUCUCCAGUCUAAGUCUAAUACUCUGAUAGGUACCCCACACUGAUGUAAUAACUGUUCAUGGCUACAGCUUGGUAUGGGCAGAUAAGUCUAUUUAUUGUAUGUGCCAAUUUUGCAUAUGUUCAUAUGUCCAUUCCAUCCUGUUUUCACAGCAAUCACAGCAAUUAGCAAAGAUUUUUUUAAAAACAUAUUAUGGGGAGGAAAUAUUUAAGUGCAUAUUUUAUUACAAUAUAAUCUCAGUGUAUGCAUUUCUAAAUGUAUUUUAUCCUAAAAGCCUUUAAAAAAAAAAUUUUUUUUUUACAUAUUUUGGUACAUUUUGGCAUGUUGUAACUGCUUAUAGUUUCUUGAGAUCUCUUGAUUUUUCCCCCCUCCAAGAAACAAAUGCAAGGAAAGCCGUAGACAGAGGCUAUGUCCAAAUGCUCUUGACAAUUUACGUAGACUGGCAUCGCCAUGAUAGUCGGCAUAGACACAUGUUGAUCCGCAAGGGCAUCUUGCAGUCUAUAAAGAGCAUUACGAACAUCAAGUUGGGAAGAAAAGCAUUCAUUGAUGUCAAUGGGAUGAAAAUUCUGUACAACACUUCACAAGUAAGUGUUUAAAAAGCGUAUAUUGUUGUGAAUGCACAGUGAAGUGUAUUUAUAUGUACCAUUAAGAUGAUAAUGCAAAGUUGCCUGUGUGCAUGUCCCAGUACAUGGGAAUAAUCUUAAAAGUUGCAUUAUUGCUAUUCUUCAUCAACUGAAAAAUCAUCAUACAUCACAGGGAAUGCAUUCAAUCUCAUCUACUACUUUUGACAUUAUAAAUUUAAAUUAAUCUGUACUUGACAGUUCAUUACCCAAUCACCUCAUCUCUUAACAAUUGAUAUCCCUGUUCUGUAUUAAUCUGUUUAGUCCUCUAUGGAUCUUUAUUAUCACUAUCAAGGAAUCAUGCUCAAAAAAAGGGUGGUGGUGGAUUUUAAGAAAGGGAAGAAGUACGCAUAGAGAAGGUACUCUAAAAAAAAUCUUUAAAAGCUAUUUUUAAAGAAUUGUAUCUUAGAAAGGGUUAGUGUGGAAGUUCAGAUAGUUUUUGAGGGAGACUCAGAUGGAGAUUUAAACCAAUUGGAGACAAAAAACUGAUUUCAAUGUAUCGUACCUUGGAAGUCGAACGGAAUCCGUUCUGGAAGUCCAUUUGACUUCCAAAACGUUCGGAAACCAAAGCGUGGCUUCUGAUUGGCUGCCCCAUUGGACGUUCGGCUUCCAAAAGAAUGUUUGAAAACCGGAACACUCACUUCCAGGUUUUGAUCUUUUGGGAGCUGAUUUGUUCAGGAGCCAAGGCAUUUGAGAUCCAAGGUACGACUGUUCUUAAAAGCAGCAUGAUAGCAUCAAUGUCUGCAGUGUUCUUGGUGCUAAGGCUGAACUAGGCCACCUCUGUCUACUGCAAAUGCAGCAGCAAAAUGGAAUGCAAAAAUCUGCUGAAUGUUAUGCCAGUUCUUCCCUCAAUCUUCUUGGGAGCAGAUUCUACACCUGUGCUGCUAUUGAUUUGUUCCAAACUGAAUUAUGACGUUCUAGUUUUUACAGUUAUGCAAGGCCAUUUGUCUUGAAAUUGGAUUGUAUACAUUAUUGGGUACUUGACCUACUUGAAGUUGGUUAACAUACGUAAUCAGGAAUUUGGUCAUAGACUUUUUGCAGAAGCAUUUGAACCAAGACUGAACAUAUGUCUUUCGCAACAUUUUGCAGUAUGUUGGUAAACUGCAGUCAUUCUUGAAUAUCCCACUUGGGAUGUUAUGCUCUAGUGGAAAAACUUCCUUGCUGUUUGAACUUUGAUUUUAAUUCCAUUAACAGUUCUGCUUCGGUGAUUCCAGCAUCUCUACCUUGUAUCAGGAGGACAUGAGAUUUACCUUGUUCUUUCCCAACUUCCUUGGGCUAUGGCGCCUUUGAACUUGAGCAAUAGUUCAUGAAUGUUGUUCAUUUCACUAGAGUUAUGCUACAAUUUUUACUGAUAACUCCAAGCCCCACGGUUAUGUGGCAGUUAGCAGUUUCCAGUUAGCAGUUAUGUGUCACUGAAAUUUGGGUUGGUAGUUCCUAUUCUUUGGAGCUCUGUCCCUGUAUGUGUUGCACAGGCACCAAGUUUAUAUAUUUUUUCCAACACUUACUGAAAACUUUCUUUUUUUCUCAGGCCUUGAUUAGACUGCAUUUUAUCUCCAUUCUAAGUUUACUCUAUUAUAUACUGAAGUUUGUGAUUUGUAUCUGUAACUGUCUUUUAUUCUGUAUAUUGUCUAUGUGAACUGCUUAGAUCAGGCAUGGCUAAACUUGGCCCUCCAGAUGUUUUGGGAUUACAAGUCCCAUCAUCCCUAGCUAACAGGACCAGUGGUCAGGGAUGAUGGGAAUUGUAGUCCCAAAACAUCUGGAGUGCCAAGUUUGGCCAUGCCUGGCUUAGAUCAUUUGAAGGUGUGUGUAUAUUAAUAAUGACAAUACGUAAUCAAGGUAAAUAUUCCAUCAUAAAAUGAAGUUCCUUCAAGAAUUCCUAUUCCUAGCAGUUUACCACAGUAGAAUGAUAGUGCACAAACAAUGAAAUUAUUUGACAUGCAGUGCUUUGUUUUAUAAUGCUUGUUUAUUGUACUAGGAAUGCCUUGCAGUAAGGACGCUUGAUCCACUGGUCAACACAUCCAGUCUAAUCAUGAGAAAAUGUUAUCCUAAAAACCGUCUUCCACUGCCAACCAUUAAAAGUGCUUUCCAUUUCCAACUACCUGUCAUCCCUGUUAAUGGUCCAGUGUAUCAGCUGUAUAGUUUGCCUCCUGAAGGUAUGCUUAAUUUUGAAACAUCAUGGUCUUGUGUAUAUCUGCUUUCCUAUGAGGUUUAGGAAAAAACAUAGACACAGAAGCUUACAAUUAUCUGGUUGUUCUAGCAGCCUACUUUUGAAGUCUUAAUACUGUACAGUUAAAUGCAGAAUGUUGUUGGUUUUUUUAAAGAAAAGUUCAUAUAUUUAGGUUAUUGAAAUUUAUGCCUCAUAAAUAGGAGACCAAAAUGUGACACCUCAGUUUUCAUUUUCAUUAAGUAAAAUAAUAAAGUGAUCUAUUACACAAAGAUAAAUUCUGCAAAAAAAUUCAUUGCCUUUUGAAGUCUUUAGAAUAUAUAAUAAGCCUGACAGAUCCAAAAGAAUGAGUUUGAAAAUGUGUGCUGUAUAUCCUAAAUUCAUUUUAUUAAUCCAGCAUUCAAAACAUUAAAAUUAUAAUUUGCUUGUGUAUCUCAGGAGUGAAAGUACUUCCACACUUCAUCCACUUAAAGUUUGAAGUUGACAAUGGAUGGGUGCAUUGGGGAGUAUGGUCUAGUGUACAGCCAUGUGUACGGUCUUCUUGAAGUGUAUCUAAAAUAAAAAGUUGGGCUGCCAUUCAUGAAUUGAAGACAUAUGCUUUCAGAGACAAAGAAGGCCAACAAUAAAAGAAUGCAGGCUUGUAUAAUUCAGGCAUAACAAUUACUACUUGUCUGCCUCUUCCUCCAAUUUAGCCAUACUACUUCUUUACCCAGUUCCAUGCUGUUGGUUCUGUUCUCACUGCUUUUUGCCCUUCACCUAUGGGGAGUUGCCUGUCUGAACACAAGACCAACAGCAGAGGGAGAGAUACUUGUGGGUGUAGUUUUUAUAGAACUAUAUUUUCACCCACAGCUAUAAUAGUUGCUUGCUGCACAACUUUCCUGUGUCAACACUUAAGCUACUGACUCUGAAUCUAGAAGGUCAAUUACUAAUGGUAGCAUUGUGGAGACUGUGUAUGUGGCCGGAUCCUUUGCCAGUGGCCAUUACGGUGAUGCUGGAGAUGUUAGGCAUUUGAAACUUUUUGCAAAUGACCACCCCCACAAGCUAAAUUUGAAGAUUCCCCCCCUCAAAAAAAUACAUUUUGUAAAUUCUGUUAGUAUUCUAUAGUUUGUUUUUUUAAAAAAUCCUCCAGAUAUUACUCUGAGGGUACAAGGCACAAAAUGAAAAGGGUUUGGCUGAAGGGUAAUUUUAAACUCCUUAGGGUUUUCAAAUUCAUGAUUUUUGCAAAAUAAAUAAGGGGGUAGUGGAACCCUUGUAGAGGAGAGGGAGGAGGGAAGUGCUUAAUAUUUAAUCCAUCAAGCCAUUUUCAGUGCCCCCCAGGCAGAUUUAUAGAUCUCCCCACUCAUUUCAAAACCAGAAGUAAGCAGUGGGGUAGGAAAAACAGCUGAGGGUAUGAGUGGAAUGCAAGUGUAGAAAUGGUGGGCAUGGAAUGGGUUAAGCACCUCUCCUGCCCACUGGCUAUUUUUCUCACAAAUACAACUUUUCCUGCAUAUGCAUAUGCAUUGCAUGCAUUCAUGCACACAUACAUAAUUUUCUUUGUAUGCCACCUUUCCCUAGUUAAAACUCUGUUCAAGGUGGCUUAUAACAUGAGAAACAUUUACAUAGUUACAAAUAUAACAAAUGCAGUCCUAAACAAUAAAUAAAACACAUCAAAACGUACACAACCAAAUUGAACAAUUUUCACUAAACAUAAAGAUACCCAAAAAAUAAAUAAGUAACAACAACAACCACCGCCCGCAACACACUCCCCGAAGCAUUACCCAGCCCAAGAGUCUGGUUAGCAGACUCAGCUUUUGUAGCUGGAGUCAGUCAGGGCCCCUCCCUCCCAGGCCAGGUGGGAAAAGGCCUGCAAGGCAGGGAGCAGGUCUUCCAGGACUCACAACCAAUGCAGGUUUUGGAGCAUGCUUUUGUCAAGAUAAAUGUAAUUCCACCCUUAAAAGGCCUUGCUCUAAAACUGCUGAAUUUGUUCAUAUUUAAAUAAUCCUGUAUAGGAACAGUUACAUAAGCCGUCAUUCUAUUUUGUACUCCCUGGGCUUCUACUUGAGGUGGCCCUAUUCAAGGAUGCUAGAGUGCCUCAGAAAGGCAAAAACUACCAGAUUUCGUUCUACUCUCUGGAUGAUACAGAGAACAACUUUCGAUAGCUUGCAUAGCCUUAGCUGUUCUGUUCUACCUUACAUUGUUCAUGUCCUCUUAUGUGUAACAGAUUUGUUUCUGUAACAUUGAGAAUCUGUGUAAUUACAUAUGCAGCAUGUGGUCUCAUUUAACUUCAUAAGUAGUAUUAGGUUUCAGUUGGAGAGUGAAAAGUUUCACAUGCAUCAUUUCUUUUCUGGGAUGUACAUGUUGUAGAAAACGUACAUCUGCCCUACUUAUAGAGCAUUUUAUAUCACAGUGGAUGACGUAGUAGAUGAAAGUGAUGACAAUGAUGACGCCGAAACAGAGUCCGAGAUUGAAAAUGAUAAUGAAGAUGAUAUAGAUUUUAAGGUUAGUGGAACUGAGGGCAUACUACUCAGAUAUUGCGCAAUUAUUUUCAUUAGCUUUCAUUAGCUUUUCAUUAGAAAAAUUGCUUGUGCGUGCAUCGUGUUUUCCAAAUCAUAAAUUUGCUUGUGAAUUAAUUGUAAAAACAGUCGGGGAAGGGACAGGUGUUGCAUUGUCUUGUUUCAAGCAAAGCAUUUUGAAAAUGCGUGUUGAGCCAUUUGUCUGAACUCUCAAUGUGUGGAUGGGGGUUAGUGAUAUAUACAUGGAAGCCACAACCCAACAUCAUUGUGCAUAUUAGCCCCCCGUCUCCAACCAUCCCCAUGCUGUGUGACAAAGGAAGCUUCUCUUCUCUUCAUUUGAUCAUUAUCUGUGUAUAUUUUUCCUCACAAUACAUCACAACACUUCCAACAAAUCAGGGCAUUAACCAGUAUGUUAGCAUCUUGUUGUAAAAUCAUUUCAAUGGGUUGAACGGAGGAAGAUUCCUUCUUUGGGGAUCCAUUCCAGUAUCAGCUCGUCAGUCAGUAAGAGCUUUUGUGUAUUUUCUCUUGAGGUGCAAAAGAACCUUAUUUGCAGUAUGAAGAUAAUACUAGACAUUCUCAGUAACCUUAAACUGGAAAUUGUAUCGUGUAUCCCACAAAUCUUUUAAUAAUGCAAGUUCACUUCCUCCCCAACAGAAUGAUGACAUAGAGACUGAUAUCAACAAACUAAAACCAAAGCAGGAAUUGGGGCGAUCAGUGGAAGAUCUGAAAAUGUAUGAACAGUUCUUCCCAGAACUUAUAGAGGACUUUCAGGUACAGACAUUGAUAUCUUUAAAUAAUAAUAAUAAUAAAAGCAUAGUUUAGGAGUCUUGCUAAGAUGCGUUUUAUUUGGCUGCUACUUCUAUUGAAAUACAAAUGAGCAUUCAAAGCUUGCAGAGUUGCUAUUCAAACAACUGAACUGGAGAAAGAAAAUGAAUUGCCACAGUAAGUACAAGCAGAAACCAUUUUAGGUGUGUCCAGUUGAUGCAAUGUUGCUGACAUGCAGGUCCUUUGGCACCCAGAAGAAGGCAGGACGGGGUGUGUUUAUUCACACUCCACCGAUGCUCACAGGGGCCGGGAACAGAACCCCCACAUGAAUUGGUUGCCACCUGUAAAUAAACCUGCACAUUUCUGUAAGUUAAAGUGGAGAUCUUAAGGCAGGGAUAGUCAGUGUGAUGCCCUCCAGAUCUUGAUUGACUCCAACUCCCCAUCAGCCCCACGUAGCAGGGCCAAUGGUCAGGGAUGCUGGGAGCUGGAGUCAGAAACAUCUGGAGGGAACAGCAUCUGCCUUUCCCAUAAGCUGUUAGAAUGCUCUUUUGACACUUCCUUAGCAUACCCCUCCUUUUUCUUCAUAACAUUGCUCACUUUCUACUCAUCUGAUUUCAGGGUUGUUGAAAGAAAAACACCUAAUUAGACCUCCCUUUUUCUUUUGCUGCUACCCUUUCAUCUUCCCUACGUGACUCCUUGAAUGAAUGGCCUUCACUUAAUGGAAUGCACUGUAACCAAGAUUUGUAAUAACCCUUUUCCAGCUAAUUGUUUCUUCUCAGCACUCCUCCUUCAGCUAUCUGCUGCUUUUGUUAAUUUGUUAAUUGUGUCUUUGGUUUCUGUGACACUUUUUCUUCCUGGUUCUCUCGAUGUCUUUCUGAGUGCUGUCCCUUUCUGAUGAUUUCCCCUACUUUAACGGUCUUUUGACCUUAUUUUUCCGUUUUGUUUCUAUGGCUUCACCAAGCAACCUUUAUAUUGCUGACUCUUUCUUUUUCUCUCCACUUCUUUUUCAUCCCCUGUCCUAUUUCACAUCUUACUGGAAGCGGCUCCUGAGUGAAUUUUUAAAUCUAAAGAUAACAAACUGAUCUUGCCAAUGGUGGGGCUCUUCAUGUCCUGCCAAAGUCCAACAUACCCUUUGCUGUCAGACUCAGAGAUAUUCUGCCCUACUGCGUCUUCUCUUUCCCUGAAUGUAGCCUGUUGUCAGGAUCUACUCUUUUCCUUCUCAGAAAUGCUAAGUAGGAUAAGAUAUUUGCUAUUUGUACAUAUUGCUAAAUUGUUCCUUAUGCUUUUCCAUUUCUGCAUUAAUGUGUAAGCUCUUUAGAAAUACAUCUCUAUCCUCAUUUUUUUCACAUUCUGCUUGUUCUUGCAAACAAGUUCACCUGCAUUUGGCGCCUCCUUUUUUAUUUCGCUUCUAGGUAUUCUGCUUCUAGAUAUUCUGCUGCUGUUGCCUGGAAGUUUCUCCCUUCUGAUUCAUUCUUCCACUUUUGAAAACUUAAGACUGUAAGGUCUCUGGGCAGGAGUUUUGGUGUUAUUUAUGCAUUGUUAAAUCAAGUGUCUAAAUAAUGAUUUUCCCUUCUCUUUUUCCUUUCUCUCCUUAAUGUUAAGGAGUGUGACUUAGUUUCCAAGGAACCAAAGCCUUUUUCACCCAAUGUAACCCUAGGAGGGCCUAUUGUUGUCCCUACUGCUGGAGAGGAGCCAUCUCCAGCAAACCCUGCAACAGAAAUUCCCGUGAAGGAGGGUCCUCCUCUACAAACAGAGGACUGUAACAAAAGACCCAUCUUUUUGGGUCUGGUAAACCGUGAUAGCAACACGGACAAUAGCUUACAGAAUCAAAGCGAUCGCAAGAAAUUGUUCUCAUCAUGCCAGUGCCUAAACCAUGAAAUAGUUAGAGACUUUGACAGAAUUUCGUUGCAAAAUGCUUCCAAAAAUGAGCACUCUUAUAGUACAAGGGCCAUGACCAAAAAAGAGUGUAAAACUAGCCUCAGUGAAGUUGCCUGUAAUAAACCUUUUCAACACGCUUCAUCCUGCGGAAGUGUGUUGUUUGAAGGACGGUCUGUCCGGCUGGGAAAGCUGUGCUGCUCUGGAGCAGAGCCUGAAGAGGAGGAAAUUUCCUGUUCCAUUUCUCUGGGGGAGCAAGUGAUGCUUGAAGCGCCUGAUAAGCUACAACUCCACGACCCAGAACUUUAUAUUGAGGUAGUGAAAAAUACGAAGUCUGUUCCUGAAUAUUCAGAAGUGGCUUAUCCUGAUUAUUUCGGACACUUUCCACCUCCAUUUAAAGAGCCUAUUCUUGAAAGGCCUUACGGUGUGCAGAGGUGAGUUUCCAAUUUCUCUUAACAUGUUUCAAGGAUUAUCUAAAGCUACGAUUUACAGUGGUACCUCAGGAUGCGAAUGGGAUCCGUUCCAGAGCCCCGUUCGCAUCCUGAGCAGAACGCAACCCACAUCUGCAUGUGUCACGAUUCGCUGCUUCUGCACAUGCGCUUGACGUCGUUUUGAGCAUCUGCGCAUGCGUGAGCGGCGAAACCCGGAAGUAACCCAUUCCGUUACUUCCGGGUCGCCGUGGAACGCAACCUGAAAACGUUCAGCCUGAAGCAUAUUUAACACAAGGUAUGACUGUACUGUGAACAGUAAAAUUAAAUAAAAUAUUGUUGGGUUUAAUGCAGAGGAUUUUUUUUAUGAAUGGAAGAGACUUUGAGCCAGUGCGGAGGUGGCCAUUUUCCCCUAUAUCCCCCACAAUUCUUGCGAACCUCCCUGAAACUGACUUUGGGGAUUUAGAAGGGCUACAGAGGAAGUAAAGAACUGAUAACACCCUGUUCCAUGAGUGGGAACUCCCUUUGUGACUAUUGCUCUUAGCUAAUACGGGAGAAUGUUUUUUGAACACAGAAUUUUGUUUUCUCAUAAGCUCCCUCCCCCCUUAACAAUAAUGAAGCCCACUGAGAACUUGAAAUAAAUAUUCUGAAGUAUAUAUACAAAGCAGGAGAUUGAUGUGGUGCAGUAGCAAACUGAGCUGAGCUGGGAAGCCCCUUGUCUAGCUCUCAUUCUGCCAUGAACCUCAGUAAUCUGUUAGUUUACUUCAGUUUCCUUACUUGCAGUGUUUGAUUAUAACAACAACCUGUUUCACAGGGAGGUGGUAUAGCUUACUGGGUUAAUGUAUAUAAAUUGCCUUGAACAUGCUAAAGUACGAUGUUAAUGCUAAGAUCUGUUGUUGUAAAAAAGGGGAAAAAAGGAGUUGGACUUCACAGGUGUUUCAUAAUCUCAAACUUUAUUCCCUUUCUUCCACAAGGAAGAAGAGAAUGGCUGGCAGUCACAUGCGAACUCUGAUGUAUGUGAAAGAAAUAUUGGAUAUUUCUCCUUCAUAACAUCGGGGUCUCUUGAACUCCUUUUUGGCAAUAGUUGGCAGUGAAUGGGUGUGUGCAGUUUCCUUGAACCUUAUUCCAAAUUGAUAGGGCAGAAAAUCCAUUUUUUAAAAAAAAUGAUCUUGGUUUCUCUCUUCUCUUUCAAAAUCUUCCUUUUCUUUUCCAUAAUGUCAAAAACACAUGGGGUUGCUCUAAUACACAGUGUGAAUUGCUACUAAAGCUUGUGGUGUGGUGCUACGUAGAAUCUACAGUCAUUCCAGAGUCCCAGCAUGCUGUGCAGAUAAGUAGAGCGACUGAUGCUGGUCAUUUGUUGACAAAACACUCAGAAAGACUUUGGAGAACCUUAAGACCCUGCUUUCAUUUGUUCAUAGGGCACCAGAUGCAAAUGUUCUGAUGUCCUCAUCUUUAAACAUUUUUGUGCUGUCAUUCUUGGUUCUGUGUUUAAGGUUAGAAUUUGACUACAACAAGGAUUACAUUAUUGUGAAGGUGGACUGUACCUUAGAUUAUUACCUGAAAGGAAGUGUUUGCCUUACAAAUUAGAUCAGGUUUCAUUUGCUACCGGAAGGACCAGAGCUAGAAAAUGCGAUGGAGAUGCCCUCUGCGCCUCAGUUUUGGUUCAGCAUUACUCCUUCUUGUUGCAUAUGUCUUGUGCAGUUACAAAUGCAGUGACAACUAAGACUCCACCACCACAUUCAGAGAAUUUCAUGUUAACAUUGUGCGAGUUACAGAUAAAUGUAGCAACAUUCAUAGUUAAAGAUUUGGUUUCCUUGCACUGUACGGUCAGUGAGUGAAAGAUUCAAAGGUGUAAUAGAAGUGUUGACGCUUCUGUUGUUAGUUAGUCAUGGCUCUAAAGAAUCAAAGUUCCAAAAUAAUAAAUAAGUGUAAUUACAACUUGACCACUGAGAGAUAUUCAGUGUCUAGCUUAAUACUAUUUUUCAGGUCUUGGCAAUACCUCAAAUCAGAUAAUGUUGUCCUCUGGUAUUGAGAAAAAAUAGGUAAGAUAAUUUCAAAAAAAAUUGAAUUGACUAGCGUCACAAGUAGACUUUGAAAGCAUGUGCAAAACUAUUCCAUUAAAAGAUGUGUUUUUUCCUACUUUCCUUCUGAAACGAUUUUAAUAUAAUGACUGUGUUUACAGAAUGCUGAACUAUGGUUUGUUCAACAAGCCAAGGGCCAUCUUGCAGAGAAGCAAACAAAUUAAGGUUUUUUAAAAAACAAAAAACCACACACACACACACACACACACACACAAACACAAACACAAAGUUGCUCUUGCCAUCUACCUUUGUAACCUGGAAUGUACCUGAGGUGAAGUUGCCAAACAGACCAUAGCUGUUGUGUUCAGACAUAGUGCCAAGCCAUAGUUAAAGCAAACAGUACUUCAUAAGCCAGUCACCACCCAUGGUUUCACAUUGUGGUUUGUUGCCGGAAAAUAAACCAUGGUUAGUCUGCUAAGCUGGGUUCAGACAUUCAAAUAAAUUACACUUUGGCUAAACAAACCUUGACUUAGCGUUAUGUGUGAGCUGGGCCACUUACCAAUAUGCAGAAAAUAUUAAGGCAUAAUAAAAUAAACAGGGAAGCAAACUUAGAAUAUCUAUGUCAGUGAUUUUGUUUAGUUGUAAUGGAAGAAAUAUUCUAAGAUAAUUUUAAUAUAUAAGAACUGAAUCAAACAAAACAUUAUUUCCAGAAUAAUUCCAAACAUCAUAUUAUAUAUUACAUUAUAUUAUACAUUAUUAUUGCAUUAUAUUAUUCCUGUAAUCCUGAAUUACAGGCUUGUCUUAAGAAACAAGUUUGCAUGAGCCUAGUUAGCCUUGAUGGAGAAAAUAAGACUAAUUUCCGUAGCAAUGGAUCUUUAAAAAAUGUCAGUAGCCAGAUGGGUCCUUAAUGGUGACAUUAAAAAAACUAAAUUGUGGCAAGUGUGUCUAGGUUUUACUUGCUAACAAUUCUAAACUUAAUUUCUUGAAAUUGUAUAAACAUUACUUUUGACAAAGAGUAGAAGAGGGAAGCUGUGAAUUAGAUGUUAGUUAUUAGUUUAGCUACUCAUUUCUAUAUUUUGGUGCCUGUGCUUAAUAUGUCUUCUGAAUGAUAGUUUACAGUAGGUUUUCAUUUUGUUCACACUGUCAGCUUACCACACAAUAACUCCAUUCUGUUCUGGCACAAUUUCUACAUCCCAUAUCAAGGCCAGUCGGGAAAUAUUUUCAGACACAGAAUGGCAAUUGAGAAAUAUUUUUCAAUGUCAAAAUCUACCUCUUUGUUUUUAUUAUUGUACGUGCUUUUCACUCUUUACUAUUUAGCUAUUGAAUAAAGCUACUUUCCAGGGUGUUCAACUUUUCUGAGCAGGUAUUUCCAACUGCAUAGGCUUUCUGUGCCAUGAGGCAUAAGAAGAUUUCUUUCUGACAUAGACAACACAUUUGUGUAGGGAAUUUUGUGUCUCCUGUGCACAUGGUUACGGACAUGCUUGUACAUCUGGUUCAAGAGUUCUUACAGCAUCUAUACAUGGCAGAAUAAAAGCACCAGAUAUAAUGCUCCACAGAGUGGGAGCACAGAAUUAUUUUCGCAGAAAUGAUAGUUGUGUCACAUGGUUAAUCUUGCAUUAAGUGUACUUUUUAUUUAUAACCUCAUGUUUAAGCGGAGGUUUUCGUAGGUGAGAAGCUCGCACACUAACCCAAUCACUGCACAGUACUCUUUGAAACUUUAUUUACUUCAGCUGUAAUUGCAUGAAUUGCUAAUAUAACUUAAUUGUUCUCAAAGCUUAAUUAGUUUUAACUAAUAAUACUAAUUGAUAUGAUAAUUGAUAUCUGAUAUUAUGCACUUUGGAAGGAAAAGGAAUCCAACAUUUGAUCUUGAAUCUUUGAUGUCUUCUGUACAGGUUGAUUCUCUCCAUAAGGAAAAUAAUUGGGAUGUGUCCCCCAGAUAGAUAAUCACAUUCUAUGCAAAAUUAGAUACCUCAUCUGAUGGUCUUUCCUUACCUGAUGAUGUAUUUUUAAUAACUGGCGUUGUACCUUUCUCGUUGUGAAACAUGAGCUAAGGGCUCUCUCUAUUUUAUAGGACAAAAAUUGCCCAAGAUAUUGAAAGGCUGAUUCAUCCUAAUGAUAUCAUAGACAGAGUUGUGUAUGACCUUGAUAAUCCCAGGUAGGUUUCACAGGUAAAGUUCCUGUUUUAACUUUCUCUUUUGGUCUGGUUUUCCUUUCGUUUUAAAUUAAUUUAUACAUACAGAAAAUAAGUAAGAAAAUGCAGCUGAUGCGAAAAUGAGGUUAAUGGUAGCCAGUUGCUUUCCUAAACUAUUCAUAUAGUUGUAAAAGUUCUGGGAGUUAAUUCCUGCUCAGAUGAGAUGCAGUUAUAGCUUAAAAUAUCAGUUGUAAUUGUUUGUAUUUAAACAACAAUUAAAAGAACCUAAAACUCAUUUUAUUAAUUGGUAAAAUAGGUUGAUUUGAUUUACUAUUAUAUUUACUUCAAGUGGUUUCAAAUUUUGUAGCUUCAUGUAACCCAUUACAGUGGUACCUCGGGAUGUGAAUGGGAUCCAUUCCAGAGCCCCGUUUGCAUCCCGAACAGAAUGUAAGAUGUGACGGCGCAUGCGCGGGUCGCAUUUUGCCACUUCCGCGCAUGCACGUGAUGUCAUUUUGACCUUCUGCGCAUGCGGCGAAACCCGGAAGUAACGCGCUCCGUUAGUUCCGGGUCGCCGCGGAGUGCAAUCUGAAAGCGCUCAACCUGAAGCGUAUUUAUCCUGAGGUAUGACUGUAUGUGCUUCCUUAUCUUCUGAGGAACCUCUCUAUGCCUGCAAUAAAACACUUGUGUGUUGCAGAGUAUUCUGGGAAUACCAUUGGUCCAUGAAAUAUGAAUUGAAAAUACUUCCCUAACACCGGCCUAUGAAUGCACACUGCAGGUCAAGAUUGGCAUUAGUGAGCAAACUUCUAAAAGUGUGCUUUCUCUACCUCUUACUAGUCUUCUCUUUGACAAACUCCAUAAAAGCUUCCAAGUUAUUCCACCUUGGAAACUUGAAAAACACCACUUUUAGCCAGUAGAGUAGCAAACUGAAGCAAUUAAAUAACUUAACGUGUGCCGAUUUAACGGCAUGUUUAGAUAGAUACACAUUAUACCAAAUAUUCCCAUAUUCUUGUUUAUAUGGAAUGUGUUACUCCAUUAUUUUUUGUCAAGUUAAGAAACUUUUUAAAGAAAUCUUAUGGGUGAUUCCAGCGUCACAUGAAUGGAUGUGAUAGGAUUUCCCUUUGCGCUCCCUCCCCUCCAUAGCUAUGCACGUCCCCUCCUGCAGUCUGCUGCAGAGGUCCCCAACAUCUGUGUGAGCAGAGGUACAUUGCAUCAGCGGGUUGACUCCACUGGAAGUCACUCCAAGAGAAACAAAGAUUACUCUAAUAUUUAAACAUCUUCUUAAACAUUUUCGUUGGGUUUAAGUAAAUCCCUGAGUUAAUUGGAUAUUUUAUUUCUUCAAAUAGCAGGUACCGUAUUUUUCCCUCUAUAGGACACACUUUUUCCCCUCCAAAAAUGAAGGGGAAAUGUGUCUGUGUCCUAUGGAGCGAAUGCAGGCUUUCGCAGAAGCCUGGAGAGCGAGAGAGGUCGGUGCGCACUGACCCCUCUCGCUCUCCAGGCUUCAGGAAGCUAUCUGCAAGCCUUCGGAGCGUGGCAGGAGUGCCUGCCGGGCUCCGAAGGCUUGUGGAUAGCAGCCUGCAGCCCGGAGCCCGGGGAGCGCAGCGCUGCGCACCCCGGGCGUCAGGCAAAUAUCCACAAGCCUUGGGAGCCCGGCGGGGCUUGUGGAUAGCAGCAAGCUCCGGGAGCGAAGACGAGGUUGCGUGCAACCUCGCCCCCACUCCCGGACCCAUUCUGGGGGCUGGGGUCGGGGGAAGCUCGGGCUUCCCCCGCCCCAGCCCCGCGGCUAAAAAGGAAGCCAAGACAGCGAGCGGGAUCCAUCCCGCUUGCUGUCUUGGCUUCUGCCAAAGCCGCGCCCAGCCUCUCCCGGCUGGAGAGGUUGUGCGUGGCUAAAGAGGAAUCCCGCUGGCUGUCUUGGCUUCUUUGCUCUUGGGGGGGGGGAUAAUUUUUUUUCUUUAUUCCCCCCCCCCAAAAAAAACCCCUAGGUGCCCUCUAUGGUCCGGUGUGCCCUAUAGAGCGAAAAAUACGGUAUCUGCUUGAGGUUUUUGCAAAACUCUUUGUAAAUUCAGUGAGAAUAAGAUUGGAGAGAUGUUAUUCUCUGGUGAACAGACAUCAUGGUGGGUUGUGCUACCCUAUUGUGUAGGAAGACCAGAAAUGUUGGGGGAAAGUAAAAUGUAUGGCAGUCAUUCCCAGUCUCAGAUGUUUUGGACUACAACUUCCAUGUGGCCAUGUCAACACAGACAUAUACUGCCUGGGGCUGAUGGGAGUUGUAGUCCAAAACAUCUGGAAGGCACCAGGCUGGGAAAGACUGCUCUAUGACAACUGAGCAUUACAUAGAUACUUCAGUUGUGUUGAUGUUCUUUACCCUAGAAUAAUCCUACUGAUGAGCAACAUCAAAACUCCUGUAGGCUCUGCCUUAUUGGUUGAAUCAGAUUCAAAAGAAACCAGGAAUAUGAAUCCCUAAAUAAUUAAAGUCAUAUAACUAAAAGUGAUAUUUGUAGCCAUCGUAAGGAGGAACUGUUAUUAUUUAUUUUCCAUCGCCCUUUUCAUUAUAUGCACCCAGCCAUGUUUAUAGUAUAGUAUAAAAUUGGAACGAUAAAUAUAUAUAUAUAACUUUCCUUUCCCUGUGAUUUUAUUUCUUUAAGCUGUCCAGUGCCAGAUGAAGGAGACGUCCUGAAAUUUAACUCCAAAUUUGAAUCGGGAAAUUUACGCAAAGUUAUUCAGAUCAGAAAGUAAGAUGUUGUCAUUUGUUUUACUUCGUUUUUAAUUUUGAAGCUGUUCUUCAUUUUAAGACUUGUUUCUGUUCAUCUUUAGAAAUGAGUAUGAUCUCAUUCUGAACUCUGACAUAAACAGCAAUCAUUAUCACCAGUGGUUUUACUUCGAAGCCAGCGGAAUGCGAGCAGGUGUUGCCUACCGAUUUAAUAUAAUCAACUGUGAAAAAACGAAUAGUCAGUUUAAUUAUGGUAAGACCUGUUUUUCUUCUCUUAUUCAAAAGAAGUGCCUAGGAAGAAUGUGGAUUUAUUCAGUUGUACAAAACCUUCACAGUGCUUUCCCUCCUAGUGAUAAAGAAAUAUAUAUUUUGAAGGGUUAGAUUGUUACGUAGUUUUAUCAACUCUCAGCAAUCAAAAUGACACUCAAAAUUAGUUGAUUAUUUAUCUUGGCAUAUUCAGAAUGCAGAAUGAUAACUUUUUAAUAUAUUAGAUGGUGUUUUCCUUGAUUAAAAAGUUAAGUUUUCCUUUAACUCUAUGCUCUCUAAGCCAUGGGUAGGCAAACUAAGGCCCAGGGGCCGGAUCCGGCCCAAUCGCCUUCUAAAUCCGGCCCGCAGACGGUCCAGGAAUCAGUGUGUUUUUACAUGAGUAGAAUGUGUCCUUUUAUUUAAAAUGCAUCUCUGGGUUAUUUGUGGGGCAUAGGAAUUCGUUCUUUUUCUUUUCCCCCCAAAAUAUAGUCUGGCCCCCCACAAGGUCUGAGGGACAGUGGACCGGCCCCCUGCUGAAAAAGGUUGCUGACCUUUGCUCUAGACGGGUAUAUUUCUUCACUGAAUACAUGCAACCAUGUUGAAUCACGUAAUAUAUCUUGCUUGAAGGUAUGCAGCCCCUUAUGUACUCUGUUCAAGAUGCACUAAAUGGCAGACCCUGGUGGACUCGUGUAGGAACUGAUAUUUGUUACUACAAGUAAGUAUAACUGUAAAUGGAGGAAAUAAAACAUUGAAUUAAAUGGGCUGAAAAACUAACUUAACUAUAUUAGUAAUUAACACUGUUUUAAAAACUAAUAAUGUUAGAGUAUAUUGAACUGGCUAGAUUAACAGAGGCAGUUAGAGAUCACACUAGACAAGAGUUUCAAAAAGCAUGGGGGAAAUGCAGAGAAUACUACACAAAACAGUGCCCUAAAAUACAUACCUGGACUUGUUUCGGUUAUUCUCUGCAGGAGACUUUGUGGAUAUUUAAGUUAUAAUUAGAAAAAUCUUAAUAAUUAUUCAUAAAGGAAACAGUUUAUACUCACUGUAUGUUAUGUUCACGUUUAAUAAGGGUGGAUUUGUGUAUUGGGGGGUGGGGGGUUUGUGUUAUGUUAUAAAUAAAAUUCCAAUAAAAAUUUAAAAAUAAAAACUAAUAAAAGGAGAAUUCAAAUUUCAACCUUUGUUAAUUUGUACUAAAGGUAAUACUUGAGUGUGUGAUGCAUCUCUGCAGAUUAUUUACCAUAAAUUGUAGCAUGCACUGCAUCUUUAAGCUAAUUCUAACAUGUUGUUUCUAGGAAUCACUUUUCAAGAAGUUCCAUUGCAUCCGGUGGCCAGAAGGGAAAAUCCUACUACACAAUUACCUUCACUGUCAGUUUCCAGCAUAAGGAUGAUGUUUGUUACUUUGCUUACCAUUACCCAUAUACUUACUCAGCUUUAAUGGUGAGUUAAUUUGAGUUUAGGUAGAGGCAUAAUUUGUUUAUGCACAUUUUUACUUUAACGAUUUCAAGUAUUUUAACUACAUGGCUUGAUAGUGAUCACAAAAAUAGCUAGAUGCAAAAGCACUUUCUGUUUGAAAACAGCUGAAAUGUUCAUACAUAAAGUCUAGGAAAGUAAAAAUUUAUUUAUUUUUUACAAGUAAAGCUCCUGUAAACUAAUGCAGUAAAAAGUUUAGCAUUAAUUCUGAAUAACCAGGACUUUGCAGAUGUAGAGCACAACGUUGGCUCUAGUUGAUUUGUUUCAGCUGUAGGCCAUAGCAAUGCAGAUUAGAGACUGGGUUUGACAAAAUGAUGUUGGUACAAAAAUAAUAAAUGUAAACUUUAAUACAUUCAGUUUGCAAGAGGUUACGGUCCAUAAAUGUAGGAAUACAUAUAGCACUUUACAGAUGUCAAGUGCCCCCCCCCCCGCCAAAAAGAAAGGUAUGGUGGCCUCUGAUAACAGAGGAAGCAGUUUUCUGUCGGGCGGGGGGAGGUCUUCAGAAAAACUCUGUUUUGAAAUAAAACUGCAUUGUUUUACAAAUAUACUGGUGGAGAACAGUUCUAGAACUGCUGGUGGUGUUUGCUGUCUUUAAGCACAGGAAAAGCUAAACCUGUAGUUAUGGUAAAAUAUGAAACAAACCCUGGCUGUAGGCUUACAGUCUACUUCUUUUUGUCAUGAAGAUGCAUCUCAAAAAACUGGACUCCACACACAAUCCUCAGCAGAUAUAUUUUCGACAAGACGUUUUGUGUGAGACUCUCUCUGGAAACAGCUGUCCCAUAGUAACUAUAACAGCCAUGCCGGAGUCAGAUUACUAUGAACAUAUCUGUCAGUUCAGUAAGUAUAAGGUUUUUGUCUUUCUCACUGAGAAUUUAUAUAUAUAUAUAUAUAUGUUUUCCUGAAUGCAGGCUGCUUUGUAAAAGAUACGUGAAUUGCAUAUAGAUGUUCUAGAAAGCGUAAUUUGUGGGCCUAAUUAAACAUGCCAGGCAGCCACAUCUACCUGUUCAACACUUUAUGCCAUAUGUAUAUUCUACUUCAAUGAAUUCAAGUUCUUUAAUUACAUUCAUUUCAUGUUCUAGUUCAUAUGUGUCAAUUCGUAAUAAGCAAGCUGCUGUGACUUGUGAUUGUAUCAUGCUAUUUUGCUUGUGCUGUGUUUGUUCUGUUUUUUAGGAAACCGUCCUUAUAUUUUCUUAUGUGCUCGUGUUCAUCCUGGAGAGACUAACGCAAGCUGGGUUAUGAAGGGAACUUUGGAAUAUCUCAUGAGUAAUACUCCUGCUGCCCAAAGUUUACGAGAAUCCUAUAUUUUUAAAAUUGUACCAAUGCUUAAUCCUGAUGGGGUCAUUAAUGGAAAGUAAGUUUUUAAGUGUAUUCAGCAGCAAAGAUAAUGCUUCUUAGGCACUUCCAAACCAAGUUUAGGCCGUGGACUUUCUGUCCUUUUGCCGCAAUAUUCAAUGAACAGUGCAAUGAAAACGUCAGCCCAGUAUGCAGCAGCUGUGAACUCCAUGUUAGGGAUCAGUAAAAAGCGAUAAAAAAUAACAUCAGAAUAACUUUAUACAAAUCCAUGGUGUGGCCACACUUGGAAUAUAGUGCACAGUUCUGGCUGCCCCACCUCAAAAAGGAUAUUGUAGAGCUAGAAAAAGUCAGAAAAGGGCAACAAAAAUUAUCAGGUGCUGGAACAACUGGCUUAUAAGGAAAGAUUACAGCAUUUGGGGUUACUUGCCUUUUUUCUAAACUAAAUGAGAACAUGAUUUAUAUGUGUAAAAUUAUCCAUGGUGUGGAAAAAGUAUACAGUGGUACCUCUGGAUGCGAAUGGGAUCCGUUCCGGAGCCCCGUUCACAUCCUGAAGAGAACACAACCAGCGCGUGCGCGGGUCGCAAUUUGCCGCUUCUGCGCAUUCGUGUGACGUCAUUUUGAGCGUCUGCGCAUGCGCGAGCGUCGAAACCCAGAAGUAACGAGUUAUUGGAACGCAUUACUUCCGGGUCGCUGCGGAGCGCAGCACAAAAACGCUCAACCUGAAGCAACUUUAACCCGAGGUAUGACUGUAUAGGCUUUUUCCUGUCGUAACACUAGAACCCGUGUCUUCAGUGAAGCUGAAAUGUGGGUGAUGGGUGCCCACUUGAAUAAAAUAUUGAGGGGGCCCAAGGGAAGCCCUGCCCCACAUAAUAAUUCACAUGAAGUGGUGCAUAAACACCGUUUGAAUGGUCAUGGGGGGGGGGAGGAAAGGCACCUCGGCCUCUAAGAGUUUGCUCUUAUGGGGGGAAAUUCAGGACAGACAAAAGUAAGCACUUUUUCAUGCAGCACAUAGCUAAACUGUGGAAUUUACUAUCGCAAAAUGUAAUAAUUCCCACCAGUUUAGACAAAUAUUGGAUACAAGCAGGCUAGCUUUCUAAUAUCAUGAUUCAUUUUCAAUGAACUCGUUUUUUAAAAAUCAAACAGUUAAAACAAGACUUUAAAGAGCUGCCUUUUUUGUCUUAAUAAAAUUGCACAAAAUAUCCACAAAAGUUGUCUGACAAACUUACUUGGAGGGGGAAACAUGUUUGCUUGGGACAGUAAGAACUUACUGAGAUUGUCUUUCUCCUGUAGUCAUCGCUGUUCUUUAAGCGGGGAGGACUUGAACAGACAAUGGCAAAACCCCAACCUAGAUCUGCACCCCACCAUUUAUCAUGCCAAAGGCCUACUGCAGUAUUUGGCUACCAUAAAACGUUUGCCCCUGGUAAGUGUUCGCAUCCGUGUGCUCACCCAGUUCACUCCACUGAAGUAAAAGCAUCGGAAGUCAUUCUGGCAUUGCAUGAAAAUGCCCCAUCCUCUCCCAAAAUAUAUGAAAUCUGUGAGGGAACUCUCUUCACAGAUGUUUCUCCUCAGCAACUUCUACAGUUCUACCUCCACCGAUCCCAUGCUCUGCUUUUAAAUGUGGUCAGUAUUAUUAGCAGCCAUAGACAGAUGAGACUCUUCAUGUGGUUUUCUGUAGGUGUGGCUUUCUGUAGAUCAGGAGUGACUAACUGUUGUUGGUCCAAUGGCCAUAUUGACGCUUUGCCACCACCCCCGCAGGCCUCAUGUCAGUAGUGUGUGCGGCCAAUGUGUGUGCAUGCACGCAUGUGCAUACAGAAACGUGCAGGUGCACAGUACUGUUUGCUAUGCAUAGGUCAUUUGUAAAGGUAAAGGACCCCUGACAGUUAAGUCCAGUCGCGGACGACUCUGGGGUUGCGGCACUCAUCUCUUUACUGGCCCAGGGAGCCGAUGUUUGUCUGCAGACAGUUUUUCCAGGUCAUGUGGCCAGCAUGACUAAGCCGCUUCUGGUGAACCAGAGCAGCACACGGAAACUCCAUUUACCUUCCCGCCGGAGUGAUACCUAUUUAUCUACUUGCACUUUGAUGUGCUUUCAAACUAGGUGGGCAGGAGCUGGAACCGAGCAACGGGAGCUCACUCCAUUGUGGGGAUUCGAACCACUGACCUUCCGAUUGGCAAGCCCAAGAGGCUCAGUGGUUUAGACCACAGCGCCACCCGCGUCCCAACAGAGGUCAAUCUAGGCAACAUAAAAAGCAGCAUUUAUCCCUACUCCAGCAUUGGAUAUGUGUGGAAAUGUUGCAUUUCCCUCUCAAAAAGCAAGCAGGUUUUACCCCAAAUCUUAGUGCUGUGGUGUUUCAUGCUAAGAUCAAAGGUCUCUCUUUAGAGAAAAUCUUUGAAGAGCAGGCAGAGGAAAUUAGAUCCCAGGAUGUUUGUAUGUGAAUGGAGGCAGAAUGUUGGUGAAAAGGGAAAGACAUGAAUGCUUCUGUUACGUUUAGUUGGGCCUAAUUUUCGUUCUUCCUCUUUUACAUAGUUGAACCAUCUGAGAGAGAAUGUAAGGAGGUUUUGGACUAUUUCUCAGGAUUUGUUACUUGAUUUCAUUGUUAUGUAAAGUGACUUUUAACAAUACUUAAUUCCAUUUCAUUCAUUUCUUUUUUAUGUUAUGUUUCCUUCUCUCUUUUUUAAAUCAAAGUUCUAAGUCAAGCUUCUCGCUUUUGUCCUUGUUCAUAUGUAACAGUCCUGAUCUGAUAAAACAUCUUAGCCCUUCCCUGUUGCACAACCAAACUGGGAAUCUGUGACUAAGAGUUCCCAAUUAAAAGCAGGAUCUGAUUCUGGUUUCAUAUCCUCAUUUGGAGGGAACAUUUUAAUAACAAUUUCCCAGUUCAAGCAUCAUAAGAAACUGGUUUAAGAAACAGAUAGAUUCACUGAAGCUGCUUAUGUGAGAGAAGGCAGGAGCAUACAGUUAGCUCCUGAGCCAAUAAACCAUAGUUUAUUAGCCUGGGAUCAUUACAUCAAACGUGGCCUUUGACUCCUUGAAGAAAUGGGAUUCAUUACAGAGUGAUAAAAGAUGGCACAGAAAUUGAACAAACGGUAUAUAAUUGAUGAGCGGGAAUAUUUGCGAAAAUAUCUCUGCCCCCAAUUAAUAUUGUUAUAAUUUGGCUAUUAUUGGGGGAAUAUUUGAAAACUAAUAAAAAAUUAUUUACAAAAAAGACAGUAUCUCUGCCCAAUACAGAUACAAUAAAGUUUCAUCUUUUAUAACUUUUGAAAACUUUAUUUCUCCUAGGUUUUUUGUGAUUAUCAUGGUCAUUCUCGCAAGAAAAACGUGUUUAUGUAUGGCUGCAGCAUCAAGGAAACCAUGUGGCACACUAAUCUUAGUGCUGCUUCUUGUGAUGUAGUUGAAGACCUUGGCUAUAGGGUGAGUUGUUUCUUUAAAAAUCCAAACAAGGCCACAACAGAUUCAUAAUUUCUAUUUCUAUUUAUUUUGUCUAAUCCUCAAGUGAUAACACUGCCAGUAGUAUACCAGUAGUAUUUUGCCCAGAGGAGAUCCAUUGAAUUUGAAAGACCUAAGUUAGUCAUAUCCACAAAUUCCAGUGGGUCCACUCAAUGAGCUUUGACUAAUAUGAAUACAACCCACUGUUUUGGAAAAUUUAACUAACUGGUUUUUAAUUAGUGAAGUGAACAUAAAACAGCUUCCUUUUAAAAAAAGUAAAAUGUCAUGUAAGAAACUAUUAAAACAUUGGGGAUAGAUAGAUAAAUAUUCUAUAUAUUGUUGAUAUGCAUCAUAUGUAAAUAUAUUUUAAUUAAUUUUCCUUGUCUGUUCAUUCUACGGCUAUAGCCUAAAACCCCAAUAAUAUAUUAUUAGGAAAAUGCUUUAAUAAAGUUUUAUGAUGACAGCAGAAUUAUAAAGGAUAAAGAAUAGAAGUAUAUUUAUUUUUUUUAAAAAAAAAUAAUUUUUAUUGCUUUUCCAAUAAAAACAGCCAAUCAACAUAUCUGAAUCAUAAUCCAAUUAAAAAUAAUAAACUAAACUAAAAUAAAAAACCAAAUUGUAAUCCAAAUUGUAAUUAUUAAUUUUUCCCGACUCCCCAUAGUCUGGACCUCUGAAGCAUAUCUCCAGAUCUUCGUUCCUGCCUCCUCUCGUUGUUCUCAUAUUUUCCGCCUUAAGAAUAGAAGUAUAUUUAUAAUACAAUUGUAGAAGAAUUGGCAAGCCAGAUCCUCAACAGUUUGGACAAGUCUCAUGAGGCUAGAAGCUCCUUCCCCUCCGUUCUACAUCUGGUAUCCCUGCAGUGGGAUAUAAAAUCACAGCCUCCACACGCUGGGUUGUAUCUCAUACUGCUGUUCCUCCCACAUAGUGGACUUCCAUUUGGUUGUACAAACUGUGUAAAUAGGGAAUGCCCUGCUUUUUUGCUUUUUUUCAAUAGCUGGGUGGUAGUCUCAUGAGUGUCCACUACAUCACAAAAGUUCCUCUCAUUUUUUGUGUAGUUUUCCCUGACUCUGGCUACUUUUAGGCAUACGGUGAGAACUUUUUUUUAUUCUGCCAAGUCUUCGUGGUGUAAUAAUUUUUCUGCUAACCAUCCUGCUGUUUUAUUAUGGUCGUUUUCUGUGUUUGUAUUGGUACUUUAAGUGGCGCUUUUUGCUGCUGUUGUAUUUCAUGUUGUUAUACUUAUAUAUUUGUUAACUGCCCUGGGCUUGCUUUUGGGGGAAAAUGUGGGGUAUAAAUCGGUUGAAAUAAAUUAUUGGAAUGCAUCCUUCUUCUAUCUUUAAUUUUUUAUUUAUUUGCAUCUAAAUAAUAUGUAGCCUGAAAUCCACAGGACUUCAGUUCCGGUUAUAUACUUUUUCACAUAUUGAAAGUAGACCAAGUAAUGCACCUUUUAAUAUUCAGUGGUUUCUUGACAUUGUACCUGCUAAACUUUUUAACAGUUUCAGACUGCUGUUAAAUACUUCCUUCCUCUAGACCCUUCCAAAGAUUCUGAGUCAGACAGCGCCAGCAUUCUGCAUGAGCAGCUGCAGUUUUGUGGUAGAGAAGUCCAAGGAAUCUACAGCACGUGUUGUUGUUUGGAGAGAAAUAGGCGUUCAGAGGAGUUACACCAUGGAAAGCACAUUAUGUGGAUGUGACCAGGGGAAGUACAAGGUAAAAAAUAAAACUGAAUUGUAAAAAUGGCAUCUGUAUAUUUAAUGAGUCUGAAAAAGUAAUCUUGUGCAUUGCCUGGAUUCUCUUUAGAGGAACACUUUGAAAUAUGUAUUAUCUAAGGGCCAAACCACAUAUUAGGGUAAACAAACAUUUUUUAAAAAUGGUUCAACCUGGCCACUUUCUUUAAAAAGGGGGGUGGAAGGGAAAAAUCUGUCAGGUCUCAAUCUGGGACAUGCCACUGAUCUGGAUUGUGUCCCUGCAAAGGUUUUCUGCCAAAAACUGCCCCUAACCAUGCCUGUAAUUUGUCCCUGAAUGUGCUUUGCAGUAAGCAAUACCUUUGGGGGUUAAUAGCAGAGGAGAUUUUAAAGCAAAUAAUAGGCCAGAAGCAUGUUCAGAAUAAAAGGGAUGUGGGUGGCGCUGCGGGUUAAACCACAGAGCCUAGGACUUGCCGAUCAGAAGGUCGGCGGUUCAAAUCCCCGCAACGGGGUGAGCUCCCGUUCCUCGGUCCCUGCUCCUGCCAACCUAGCAGUUCAAAAGCACGUCAAAGUGCAAGCAGAUAAAUAAGUACCACUCCGGCAGGAAGGUAAAUGGCAUUUCCGUGUGCUGCUCUGGUUCGCCAGAAGCGGCUUAGUCAUGCUGGCCACAUGACCCGGAAGCUGUACGCCAGCUCCCUUGGCCAAUAAAGCGAGAUGAGCACCGCAACCCCAGAGUUGGCCACGACUGGAUCUAAUGGUCAGGGGUCCCUUUACCUUUCUGUUCAGAAUGGUGUCCCGCAAAUGCUUUUUCUUCAAAAUAAAGUGGCCAGUUUAGCCUACUUUUUGAAUGGCAUGUUUAUCAUAGCUUGUACUCUGGACCUCAAACACAUCUUAUAAAGAUAUAAACUUUGGGGAUCAUCCGGUUUUGCAUUUAUUGCUUUAAUACUUUAAUUAGCUGGUCUUGCAUCUCUUCAUAAGACAAACUGUGCCAGGAGUUAUUUUUAGCAAUAGCAUCAGACAUAAUUAAACUAACCACUCAGUGAAUAUGUUGUUCUCUAAUUAGGGCUUACAAAUUGGGACACGUGAACUCGAAGAGAUGGGAGCCAAGUUCUGUUCUGGUUUAUUGCGUUUGAAAAGGUUGACAUCACCACUAGAAUACAACCUGCCAUCUACGCUCUUUGACAUUGAAAAUGAAUUGAUUGAAUCCAAUUGUAAAGUGACAAGGUAGUGCGAGCUUAAAAUGUUGUUGUGCUAAAUGUUUAUUUGUUUCAGAAUACUUAAAUUCCACUUAUGAAAUUGUUUUCAAGAGAUUCUUACAAUAAAAAAAUACAUUCAAAUCUGGUAACAGGAAGAGGAAUACCAUGGUGACCCUGUGGUGCCAGGUUUAUGCAGCUAACAUUUCCUUCUUUUAUCCUUGCCCUUCCUGGUGUUGCCCCUCUGCCUCCACCUAUGAGACUGCAGACAUCACUGAUGAUCUGAGAGACAAGGGAUAGUGGAUGGAGCAGCUGGGUCUCAUCCAGUCCAUGAUGGAGGCAAGUCUUCUCUUGCCAGGCAACAGUUCUCGGUGAUGUCCUAUGAAAUAGUUGGAGGCGGGGAAUUUAAAAUGAAAUAACUAUAGCAGAAGGCAGAUUUUAGUGCAAAUUUGGGGUGUGUGUGUGUGUGUGUGUGUGUGUGUGUAACACAGAUGGAGAAAGAAAAGCAUUGCUCCCAAGCACGUCCAAACUAGUUUUUCUGUGUGUGCAUGUAAAGAACACUCUGCAUCUGUAACCUGGGUUGCUGAAUCUGGAUCAGCAUCUCUGUGUAAAGAACACAAUUUCAGAUAGACAUUUUGUAGUACGUACCUAACUAUGGCUUUCUCAGCUCUUUAAUCAUUUUAACACCUAAAAUGAAAGGACCAGCUUCCUUUCAGAGGUAAGUUUCAAAUUAUCUUUGUUGGAUAGCUUUUGAGAUUGAUUUUUGGUAGAGUCUAGUGGCACAUUUCACUGCUAGAAUUGAUAGUGGGCAAAGAUUCUCAUAGCCUGGGAAAUGGUGAGAUUUCCCUUUUGUCUUCAGACAUGUGAAGACGCUUCCCUUUUCCCACUGUCUGUGGUUUCACUCACCUACUUCAAUUGCUUCAACUGCUUUAAAGCUUUUUGCUGUGCUGUCACAAUGAAGUGAUUCACUGUUUUCAUUUCUGUUGUCUUUGUGUGAUGCACUUUAAUUGGUUUUAUAUGAAAGCUGACCUGACUUGCUCUGCAAAAAUGUUUUGUAAGGGGGGGGGGAGACGCUUCUGUCACAUGGGAAGGGUAAAGCUUCAGUGAAGAAACUUGUCUUGUAGAAAAUGUCCUCCUGAUUGAAUCUCCAAAACCUGUUUCCUUAGGAGACCACAUUGAUACCCCUUGCUUAUUUUUCUUUACUUGACUGCAUUUUAAUAAAAACACAUUGAAAUCUCAGUAAUCUUGGAAUAACGUUGUUAUAAACACUAGCCUCAGUUAUGUUGCUGUAGAAAUUACUUUUCUAUUUUUAGUUUGUCUUUUCGUUCUGUGGCUCUGACAAACUAGUUGGUGCAGUUCGGCAUGCUGUGAAAGGGACAGUUAUCCAGUGUAUAAAAAUGUCCUAUUCUGGUGUCUGCCUAAAAAUGUGUUGAUGGAGGAGCGGGGAGGCAUGACUGGCCCCCACAUUCCCAUCACUGCUGGCUGCAGCCUUGGAUUCUUUGCAUCUCCAGCUGGAUGCGCUUGGGAUCCUUCCUGCAAUUGGGAGCCCUGAUCACACAGAUCUCUGUUCCCAGGAGGCUUCAAGAGAACAUGCAAGAAUCCUCCUUCAGACCUUCCUUUCAGUGUGCAAUGUCAUAGGGGGAGCCACCAGGGCUGAUCCAUGCAGAGAGGAUAUAAUGCAUAUGGCCUUUUGCCACACAGGCUUUCAUGUUUCUGGGUCUAUGUGUUGCGUGUUUUGAAAAUUCAGAGUUCAGAAUGUUUUGUUAAUAUAAGAUAAGAUUCAUAUUUAUUGAUGAAGGGCUUAGUAAGAUGUUGUUGCUGCCAAUUUUGGGGAAGAAUGGUAAUGCAUCUCCUAUAUAACAUUUGGCACUCAGUGAUACAUAGCUGUCAACCGUCCCUUAUUUGGCGGGAAACUCCCUUAUCCCAGCGCCGUGUCCCGCUGCUGUCCCGGAUUGAUGAUGUCCCUUAAAUUUCCCGGGUUUCAUGCUUGCCCGGCUCGGGACGGAAGCAGCGGCUUGGGGUCCUCCGCUUCGAGAGAGCAAGAGAGAGUGUGCGCACGAGCUGCCGCGUCUCCGUUUCUCCCUUUUCCCCCUCAGGGGUGCGUCGUGAGGAGACGGGUGGCGGCGGGCAGGCAGGCAGCCCCUCUCUUGCGAGGCUUCCACCGCGCUGCCAGGGGAAGCCAGAGGUGGCAGCGGCGGCAGCGGCCUGAGGGAGGAGGAAGAGGAGGGGAUGGGGAGGGACGUAGAAGGGCGGUGCUUCAGCGGCCGCUGCGGCGCCGCAACCGCCUCAUGCCGGGCUCGCGGGCGGCAUGGGCGAGAGUCUCUCUCCCUCCCUCUCGGGCGGGGAAGGGCCGAUGGAACUCAUAAGCUAAGCAAAAUCCCUUAUUUUGGCUGCUGGUCCCUUAUUUUCAAAUCUGUAAGUUGACAGCUAUGCAAUGAUAGAGUGAAUGGCUAUAGUUAUGUUAUUGGUCCAGAGCCUCUUGGCCACAUUUUAGAAAAACUAAUUAGUUUUUUUAUUGCGUUAAAUAUGUUUAUGCUGGGAAGCUGCUUCACUUGAGCAUAAUAGACGAUAAGCCUACUCUCCUGGUGUUCUUGCUGCAGCCCCACUACGUACGUUCUGGAAGAAGACGAACCUCGCUUUCUUGAAGAAGUGGAUUAUAGUGCAGAGAGCAAUGAUGAUCCAGAUGUUGAGUUGGCCAAUAAUGCUGGUGACUAUGAGCCCAGUCUCCAAGAAGAAGGACAUUCUGACUCUGAAAUUACAAGGACGCAUUUGCCUUGA